CGAGGGACGGUUAAGGAAGUUCGGCGAACACCGAGCCUAAGCGGUCCUCUGGCCCUUGUGGGAGGAGUAGGAGGCAAAGAUGUCGGAGCGAAAAGUUUUAAACAAAUACUACCCGCCCGACUUUGACCCGUCAAAGAUCCCCAAGCUCAAGCUCCCCAAAGAUCGGCAGUACGUGGUGAGGUUGAUGGCUCCCUUCAACAUGAGGUGUAAGACGUGCGGGGAAUACAUCUACAAGGGCAAGAAAUUCAACGCGCGCAAGGAGACGGUGCAGAAUGAGGCCUACCUGGGCCUGCCCAUCUUCCGCUUCUAUAUCAAGUGCACGCGGUGCCUGGCAGAGAUCACCUUCAAGACAGACCCAGAGAACACCGACUACAGCAUGGAGCACGGGGCCACCCGGAACUUCCAGGCGGAGAAGCUCCUGGAGGAGGAGGAGAAGCGGGUGCAGAAGGAGCGGGAAGACGAGGAGCUGAACAACCCCAUGAAGGUGCUGGAGAACCGAACCAAGGACUCCAAGCUGGAAAUGGAGGUGCUGGAGAACCUGCAGGAGCUCAAGGACCUGAACCAGCGGCAGGCGCACGUGGACUUUGAGGCCAUGCUGCGGCAGCACCGCCUGUCCGAGGAGGAGAGGCAGAAGCGGGAGCAGGAGGAGGACGAAAGGGAGACCGCGGCCCUGGUGGAGGAAGCCCGGAAACGAAGGCUGUUGGAGGACUCGGAUUCAGAAGAGGACGCUGCUCCUCCUGCCCCGCCGCGCCUGGCCCCGCGGCCCAACCCCACCGCCAUCCUGGAGGAGGCUCCAAAAGCCAAGAGGAAGGCGGAGAGCUGGGAACGGAGCGUCGGCACCCUUGGCAACAGGCCCCCGCUGUCAGGCCUAGUCGUGGUGAAGAAAACAGACCCGGGUCGCAGCACCAGGCAGGGCCAGGCGUCACCCACCCCCGGCCCCAGGAAGAGCGGGAAGGCGGCUGACCCUGCACCCUGGACGCCCGGCACCUCCUCCCUGAGCCAGCUGGGAGCAUAUUCGGACAGCGAGGACAGCAGCGGCAGCAGCUGAGACCCCUGCCCAGGCCCUUCUCCGGGUCAAGGUCACGUGUCCAUAGUCAGCUGCUGGUCGGCAGGAGGCCUUGGCACCAACCAGGACCAUGAGCGGACAAACACAAAUGUCCUCAGAGGCUGGUCGGGCCAGCGAGGGCUUCCACCCCCGGACUCGGUUUCUCCCCUGUCCCCCCACCUACCAGCCUUCAGGGACCUCGAUGUCCCUGGCUCACGCUGCCACCCUCCUGGCCCUCCUUCCGGGGCUGUGGCAUCCCUGGAACAGCCCUGGCUUCCAGCAGACUUUUGUGGUACUCCCCGGCCUCCCUUGGAUGGCAGGGAGGGGUGGGCGGUGUUUGGGGCCCGCCCCCGUUGGCCCCGCCCACGCGCUAGCUCCGCCCCCUCCUGCCACGAAACCUGCAAACCAGUGUAAGGAAGCUGCCGCCUGGCCUGGGCACUUCCGCCGCGGGAGCACACGUGGCCAGCGUGGGCGCCUGGCUCUCAGAAGCUAUGAGUCGAUCGGGGUUUGUUGAUCGGCCUGAGUUUGGGGAUGAUUUGUUAUGUAGCACUAGAUAGCUGACAUGGUCACGUGACUAGUAAACCUGGUUCCAAAGCUCACGUUCUUUCAAGGCUGCCGGCUGUCAACUCUGGUGUAAUUCUCUUCCACUUCAGCCUCGUCUGGUCGAAGGUCCUGUGUUCCCACCAGGUUCCUUCACAACCUGACACCCCCCCCUCCCCCGUCUCUCCUGCCGCUCCUCCCGGGGUCGCUGACGUCAGCCCUCCUCCCACUCAUUCACUCGGCAUUUGAUAAUGAGGCUUUGUGCUUCUGGCUGUUUGCGAGAUGAAAAGCCCCCACUUUUUCUUUUAAUUAAAAAAAUUCUUCUAAUGUUUACUUUUGAGAGAGAGGGAGAGAACACGAGCGGUGGAGGGGCAGAGAGAGAGACACAC